UUUUAGCCAACGGAAGUGGUCCAGUGUCGUAAUGCCUUCAGCCGGAGCCAGCUAUCAGCCUCAACUCCAUUCGCGAUCUUCUCACUCAUGACGACAAUACCUUCCUCACCUCUCGUCCUAUGACGUUCACAAUCGCGAUUCCAUUUAGUCGAAACCCUCAUUCUAGGACCGCGCCUGACGAUAGCUUCAGUCCCUAAUUUGCGUCCGCCAUGUGGCGAGACCGCACGAACCUAUACAUCUCCUACCGGCAGUCUUACGCGCAUCACCCUACACAGCGAAGACCUUAUGGACCGGGCGCCCUUGCUUCUGGUCCCCUUGCCGACGCCUAUACUAGCAGUUAUGCGAACGACGAUCGUCGCGGCCUUCUAUCGGCCGGCGCGUUUGAAGACGAUGGCGAUGCCGUGAUUGAGAUGGAUUUACUGCCCCCUCGAUGGGCUGAUGUUUCGGAUGAGAUCACAGACUUGCUUGCCAAUAUCGCGACAAAGAGCCAGAGCUUGGAGAAGCUACACCAAAAGCAUGUGCUACCUGGUUUCAAUGAUGAAGAUGCUAAAAGGGCCGAGGAAGCGCAAAUAGAGAAGCUUACACAAGACAUCACCAAGGGUUUUCAUGACUGCCAUCGCUGCAUUCAAAGAAUCGAACAAAUGGUGCGGGAAUCACAGCACGCAGGUACCAUCACAAGGGCAGAGGAGACCAUGGCCAAGAACAUACAAAUUUCCCUGGCUGCUCGAGUUCAAGAUGCAAGCGCUAGUUUCAGAAAGAAACAGAGUGCUUAUCUAAAAAAGCUUCGUGGCAUGGGUGGCUUUGGCGGGUUGAGUCCUGGCGAGAGAUCUAGUACACCACAGCCAGGUUCCUAUCUCGACCCAUCUCUUCAAGAAUCUGAUGCAGAUCGAUCUUUUUCACAAUCGACACUCCAAGCAACCCAGCAGCAAAGAGUGCUCCAUUCCAAUGAUGCUGCGAUUGCUCAACGCGAACGAGAGAUUGAAGAUAUUGCCCAAGGUAUUAUCGAACUGUCUGACCUCUUUCGAGAUCUCCAGAACAUGGUCAUCGACCAGGGCACAAUGCUGGAUCGUAUCGACUACAAUGUUGAGCGCAUGAACACUGAUGUCAAAGCGGCUGAUAAGGAGCUAGUUGUAGCUUCUGGCUACCAGCGGAGGACGACCAAGCGCAAGAUCAUUCUCCUCCUAAUUCUAAUAAUCUUUGGCAUGAUCAUUCUAUUAGUGAUCAAACCCAAGAAGCAUGGGUAGAGGCGUUUUUCAUGGCAGUCUCAGGGAUACCCGUUGUCUCCCUUCACAUAUCCCGGCGCGGGCAUAGAGAGGCAGCAAUUAUUAAACACAUGUACCAAUACAAUGUAAAGCAAGCAAUGGGACAUGUCACCGAUGUGUUUGGAGUCACGGUUCUCUGUUCAUUUUUUUAUAUUUAUAUUUAUUGUUCUAUUUGGAACCAGCCUUUCUCUUUGGUCCUCGAGGCGUGUGGUUCAGAAGAAAUGCGAUCAUCGUUAUCGUAACUUUUUUCGAAAAGCCUAGGAUAGCUCUUCCACAACUUAGGUUUUUGCUUCUCGAUCUCCGACGCCAAUUGCGCCUCACUGGGGAGAAUCUGAGAGCCCCAGGCGCCUUCCACUAGUUGCUUCAUGUUCGCUGGAGAGAGCUCUCUAUCAUCUCUCUCCCUAGCCCUGGGUCUCAUGGGCAAUUGAGCCACCGCGAGACGAUAUAUCACUGUACUUCGCACUAUUUGGGGAUCAACGUAGACACCCUUGUCUCUCAGCACAGCCAGCAAGCGAACACCACAAGCCAAGUCAAAGUCUGCGAUGCCUACUGGCUUAACAUUUAUGAGAGAAGGCGGGAUCGGCCGUUGCGCCAAGGUCUGAUCAAAGCCCCAUCGAAUGAUGGAGCGCUGCAGACUGGCAUCGAAAAUCUUCUGUAUGGGGUGUUGUCUGUUCGUGAAUGGAAGAUCUGCUGGUAUGCGGAGUUCAUGGUUGGGAUCGUUUCGAUUCUUCGAACGUUUGAGAUGUUUCUGUUUUGGAUUUGUCUCGUUCUGGCAUGGGCCUAUUUCGGCUCUCCAGAACUCCUCCUUAAAAUGGCUCCUUUUCUUCUUCCCAUCGGCGAAGGAAUAGUAUUCAGACCAGGUCUCUGACUCACUGUCCAACUCUUCGGCUUUUAUAUUAGGGUUGGGGGGCUGGUCCUGCCGAUGCACGGGUAUCAACCCCCCUGGCUCAGGCCUAUAGAGUUCACAUAUCCCGUAACUUAGGCCUUCUAGAUCAUUGAAGCGUCCCAGACGUCCGAGGUUAUAAAGCAAUAUCUGCCAGUAUCGAACAGGAACGGCAACACCAUGUCGUGCCACUCUCAACGAGAGAUGAAUAGCUCGGUCAAGCAGCUGUGGUUUGUUGAGCUUUGGAUGGUAGCCUAUAUCUUCAAAGAUAUGGUUUAGGAGUGCUUUCGAGUUCUCCCGCUCCAUGCUUACAUCCAAGCUUUCCAUCUUAUCGACAACAUUCCUGACUUUCGCAAAACGUUUCAUGGACAGAGCCAUACUCAGGUGCUUAUUGAGAUCCUUGUAUAUGAUGCUGUCCUUACUUGGUCCCGGAGUAGCUGCCACGCCUUCAACCCCUUGGAGUAAUCGCUCUAAUCCCCAAUCUUGUUGUUGAGCGGAAGAUGCAAGUAGCAUUGACCGCGUCUCCGGAUUCCCAAACUCUUCUGGGUGUAUAUCGCAGUGUAGAAGGGUUCUGAGCAAUUCGUCCUCGCCUCGUUCCGCGAAGGAGAUGAUUGCAUCGCAAUAGGCUCCAGAUCUUAUUCCGAUGCCUAACUUUCGGAGCUGUGUCAGGCGAUCAGCAACUCCGCGGGCGUCAUCUUCUCUCAACGCAAUGGAUUGCAACGAAUGAUAGCUAAUUGUGCGGAGGCCAAUCUUAUGCAUCAGGUUGAUCGCAAACUCUGGAGAAGUCCAAGAGCUGGCGAACCAUCGUGCUGUAAACCUGUCGCUGAAAAAACUACUGUUUGCUUCCAACUGGGUAACCUUUCGUACAUUGGUACGAACGCCAUCACCAAUGCUGGUGUCUCCAUUGAGUACCGCCAACUCUUCCUUCGUGAGCUGGAUUGCGGAAAAAUAGCGAGAAAAGAAAUCCAAGAAAGGCAUGGACUUGGGCGACUUGGGAUGGUCAUUGAAAAGAUUGAACCUUUUUCUCCAGACACGCGCGGCAUGUGACUGGCCACUUUCAAAGAGAGCCGGCACAACAUAGUCGUACAACUCACGGUAUGGACUGAAAACGUAUAUCUUGGUCAAAGUACUCUGGAGCUGGGGAGUGAAGUCGAUGGCACAACUUGCCAGCAGAGCACCGAAGCUACCCAACUCAGGACGGAACAAGGGCAUGAGUUUGAAAUGCCAGGCCAAUGCAUUUUCAUAAUCAGCGUGAACUAAAUAGAAAUGAACCACUUUCAGGUAUAGUUCAGGCCAAUUGAAGUCGUGAGUUUCUAGCAGUUGUCCCGCGACCUUGAAAAGCUCUUCCAUCCGAUCAGAAUUUGCCAACGCUGCCUCCAAGAUGUUAUCACGCAGAAAAGAAGCUCCAGUUUUGGUUAAGAGAUGAGAUUGGUCUCUGUCCCGGAGCUCCAGAAGCGUCUCCCAUGUUCCUUGGUCUCCGCGAUCCUGACGGCUCGAUAAAAUGUGACACUCCCAAAAGUAUAUGGCAUCCAAAUCAGACUUCUGGCCCGAGGGGGUAUCUGUUUUGCUUCCACGCAGGCGAAUGCCUAGUGGGAAGGGUAAUUCGGAUUUUGGCGGCCACUGUGCUGUCUCUUGUUGAAGAUUAUGCUGUCUCGUCCCACCCCCAGCUUCUUGGCCAGAAAUCAGCCUAGCAUCCUUUUCUUGUAUUCUCGCAGGUGCUGGUGCCAAUUCUGCAUUAUUUAGAGAUCUGUGUCGUGUGAGUGUCCUGAUGUAUCGAGUAUAUGCGGAUUGGCGAAGUCGAAACUGUAUAGGGAUUCGAUGCAUGACUGGGUAAAUUCACCAGCAUUAGCUGGUCUCGUAACAUCGCAUCGGUAGUGGUCGAGAAGAUAUUAGUAAAAUCAUCGAAUCUGUCUUAAGACCGAAA